GAGCUGUACAUCUUUGGGAACAAGAAUAUGAACUUAAAACAUAAAUAUAAUGGAUAGUAUGAGUAAAAAAGAUCAUGUUUUCUCAGAAUGUACAGGGGUCUAGGGUCAAAUCCACAAUCUCUUUAGAAUCGAGGCAUCGUUUUCUUGGAAAAAUGUCAGAGGAGACCAAAAUGAUUGACAUGGUUUUUCCGUUGUCAGUGUUGUGUGUGCUCCCCCUGCUGGUUGGGAGUACUCCUGGUUCUCAGGAACUGUUUCCAUCAGACUGCUCUGAUGUCUACGCUAACGGACAAACACUCAGUGGAGUGUACACAAUCUACCCUACAGCGGACACACCUGUCCAGGUGUACUGCGACAUGGGAUGUCUGGGAAACGUAGCAGAAGAUGGGAACUGGACGGUGUUUCAGAGAAGAAUGGACGGCAGUGUGAACUUCUACAGACCAUGGGGACACUACAAGAAAGGGUUUGGGAACAAGUACGGAGAAUACUGGCUAGGAUUAGAAAACAUCUACCAACUCACACGUAAGAGGAAAUAUGAGCUGAAAGUGGACCUGCAGGACUUUGAUGGAGUGUCGGUUUACGCUCGGUAUUCUUCCUUCUCUAUAGAAUCUGAAGCUGAUGGCUACAAACUCAAUGUUAGUGGUUUCAUCAAUGGGGGUGCAGGUAAUUCUAUGGCGACAAACAACGGACAGAAAUUCUCCACCUUUGAUAAAGACCAGGACUCGAAAGCAGAGGGGAACUGUGCUAAAUCCUACUUCGGGGGUUUUUGGUACAGUCAGUGCCACCAUGCUAACCCUAACGGGAUAUACCUGUGGGGACGUGACAACACUUAUUACGCCAUCGGGAAUGUCUGGAAACACUGGAGAGGCUAUGAUUAUGGUCUCAAAUACAUCGCUAUGAAGAUCAGACCUGUGUCUGCAGCACAGCGAUGACUUUCUCUUUAUAAUAUCGCUAUUGUUGAUGGUGGAAGUGCUGGUGGUUUCUUCUCUCUCUCUCUCUCUCUCUAUCAUGAGAGGAGGCCCUGCAGCACAUACACAGUGAGGUCAUAUGCUCACUACAUAGGGUAUAGCAUAAUCUGUAGUGCACUAGAUGUCCAACAGCAUGGAAACUGAGCCACAAUCACAGAAAGGAAAUUACUCCAAUAAUAAAAAAAACAACAACACUGAAAAUCAA